UGUGACGCCGCUCGCUCGUGUUUUGCCAUCCGGUUGGAGGGGAAGCGACGAGUGAGAGUGAAGUGCGCGGAAGUUUGUGGCUUAAUGUGGGUCCGUUUCGGGAUUUGACCAGGUGGGGUUAGCAGCCCCCUGAGCAAAAAUGUUACCAACAACAACAUAUAGUCCCAGCAGUCAGGGGAAUGGUGCCCUAAAUUCUCGGGAAUCUGCACGACAUACAGCUGGAGCCAAACGAUACAAAUACCUCAGGCGCCUUUUUCGCGUUAAACAAAUGGAUUUUGAAUUUGCUAUGUGGCAGAUGUUGUACCUAUUUACCUCCCCACAGAUGGUAUACAGAAACUUUCAUUACAGAAAACAGACUAAAGACCAGUGGGCCAGAGAUGACCCAGCCUUCCUAGUUUUGCUUAGUAUCUGGUUGUGUGCUUCUACCAUUGGUUUUGGAUUUGUAUUAGGAAUGGGAUUUUUUGAAACAAUAAAGCUUUUACUGUGGGUUGUAUUCAUUGACUGCAUUGGAGUUGGACUACUGAUUGCAACAUUAAUGUGGUUUAUCACCAACAGAUAUUUGAUGAAGCCUCAGAGUAAAGGCUAUGAUGUGGAAUGGGGCUAUGCCUUUGACAUUCAUCUAAAUGCUUUCUAUCCUCUUCUUGUCAUAUUGCAUUUUUUUCAAUUGUUCUUCAUUAACCAUAUCAUUAUUAAAGAUGGACUUGUUGCUUGCUUUGUCGGAAAUAUCUUCUGGCUGGUUGGCAUUGGAUAUUACAUUUACGUUACUUUUCUUGGAUAUAGUGCAUUGCCUUUUCUGAAGAAUACAGUUGCCCUGCUGUACCCAUUUGCUCUUCUCAUCAUUUUGUUCCUGCUGUCUCUGGGAUUGGGAUGGAACUUCACCAAAGGACUGUGCUGGUUCUACAAGUACAGAGUGCAGUAAAACACCACUCAUGAAGUACUUGCUGAACGUUGCUUGUUGACAGUGUAUAAGACAGCUUAGAUAUUUGUAUAAUUUGUAAAUGUGUUGUACAUACUGAUAAAUAACUAAGCAGAUUUCAGGAAUAAAUCCAAUUUUACUUCUGAUUUGUCCUUUUGAAAUGUUUGAAUCGUGGCAAAUCUUUUUCUACAAGCGUGAAUGGUGGAAUAUUGAAUCCAGCAAUCAGACCAGUUUGUGUAUUUUGUAUUUAUCAAACCUCUUAAUGAAGAGCAUUCCUUCAACAGCACUAGUUCCAGCAGCUUUUCUGAAAAGCAUUUAUUGGGAAGUUUAAAUGAAUAUUUCUUUUGUAUAUUUCCCCACUUUGCCUGAUAAGUUUUUGAAUAUAUUUAUACUCAAAUUGGGUUAAUGAAUGAUUAGAAAGAAGAUAUAAUGAGCCAGUUAGGCUGAACUCGAGAAAGAGUGGUGAUAGGGUGGAAAGAUUUUUUUUAAAUUUCAAAUUCACUUUUUCCUAAUUUUUGUUCCAACCUUUCUCCCUUUUCUGGCUGAUUUAAAACUGGUAUUAGAUUAAGCAAAAUUUAAUUGAAUCCCCCAGCUCUCUAGGAGAACUCUUUUACUGUUGAGCCCAUCUCAACUCAUUAUAAAUUGGGUAAUAUUUUGUGGGUGAUUAGAGUCAGCUGGUCAGAUAAUACCAUGACAACAGUGUGUCUUUGUUUUUGGAGAUACAAGUUCUGCAUUUAUAACAAAAAUAAAACAAUAAUGUGAACAAAGUCUUGCUUCUGAUUUCUUCUGUGAAUCUUGUAGGAAUUAAUAACUAAAACCUGUAGACAUUGGAAAUUAUAUUGAUCAUGAACACAGGAAAUUUGUUAAUGUGUGUUUUUGCACUUAUUUUACAAAAUUUUGUAUGCUUUUAAUCAUCUUAUUCUCUUAUUGGCAAGGAAAUUCACAAUCAGGUUUUAAAUUGCCCCAGACUGUGGGGGUGAAGUGUACAAUCUGGAGGAAAGUUAAUGGGAAUGUAGGGAGAAUAAAGUGGGAUGAGUGUAAAUGAAUGUUCAGUGAGUUAAACUGCUUGCUUCUGUGCUGUGUGACUCUGUAACAUUCUGUACUCGAACAGAUGCAUCUUGUUCCUGUGAGCUAACUUAUGACUUGACAAACGUGACAUCUUCCACCACAUUUACUGUACACCUCAGUGGUUGGGUCAUAUAAAUCCCACAAAUAUCCUGAUUCUGGAUAAGGACAAUGAAAAUAAAUACAAUUUUCUCCAAGGAUUUUGCCAAGACAAUUUUAAGUAUCCUAAUACCCUAUUACACAUAGUGACUGUUGACCAUUCAUAGGUUAGAAAACUCACAAAGCUUGCACUUUACUGUCUCUGCACAAACAACAUAACUGUUGACCCCAAGCCAACAACUUCACACAUAAAUUCUACUGUACCUUCUGUACCAAUACUCACUCAGACCACUUCUCCAAUUUAUAACACUGAAAUAGAGGAUAUCCCAUUCUCCCAGCCACUGGCAUGAGGGUUCUUUCUUGUGAUGGUUAAUCUAUGGAGUUUUCAUGCCUCUGCAUUUGAAUCUCCUUACUUAAACACUUAUUAUUAGAUAAGUCUGCCAAGUCUGUUUUAAAAUGUUGCUGCUGUAACAAAAGGUUUUCCCACUGGGGAUUAAUAAAGUAUUACUCAUUCAAA